UAAUUUGGCUGGCAUAUCUGGAAUUUGAAACUUAAAAAUGCUAGUUAAAUUGUUAAUUUAUGGUAUAUAUAGAUAAAAAGUGUUAAAAAACUUGUGUGUAUGUUACACAGUUGUAAUAAUGAUUAAAAUAAAUGUGAUAAGUGCACUUAUAUCAAAAUUUGCUGAAGACGGUCGCAGGCAUUCACAUCACCCAGCACCAAGCACAAAGGAAUGCAAUUAACAUAAAAUUAAGUCGCCUUUAAGUCGUGAAUAUUUUCAAAAUAAACGCUUAUAAAUGAAGCUACGCUAAAUAUCCGGUGAUCAAUACAUAAUACAUGUUCAAAGUGUAGUCGACGUUUGCGUUCAUUGUCAAAUAGGUGAGGAAAUCUCGUGCUUUCGCAAACCAUCUUUCGGCUGCUGUUGGUAAAAAUCGUAGCUACAAAAUAAAAAAAAUAUUACCGAAGAGAAAUCUAAACUUUAGUUACCUUUACUGCCGAAAUAGAUUUUCUUAAGUGUGCCAUCGCGAUGGCUGCACCAGCAGCCUGUACGCGUUUUUCCGACAAUUAUGAAAUUAAGGAGGAACUUGGCAAAGGCGCCUUCUCUGUUGUCAAGCGAUGUGUUCAAAAAUCGACACAGUUUGAGUUUGCCGCAAAAAUUAUCAACACAAAGAAACUCACCGCAAGAGAUUUCCAAAAAUUAGAGAGGGAAGCUAGAAUUUGCAGAAAGCUGCACCAUCCUAAUAUCGUUAGACUACACGAUAGUAUACAAGAAGAAAACUACCAUUACUUGGUCUUUGAUCUUGUUACUGGCGGUGAGCUAUUUGAAGAUAUUGUUGCGCGUGAGUUUUAUUCAGAAGCAGAUGCAUCGCAUUGCAUUCAACAAAUCUUGGAGUCGGUUAAUCAUUGCCAUCAGAAUGGUGUGGUGCAUCGUGAUCUGAAACCAGAGAAUUUACUAUUAGCUAGUAAAGCCAAGGGUGCAGCUGUAAAACUCGCCGACUUUGGCCUCGCCAUUGAAGUUCAGGGCGACCAUCAGGCAUGGUUCGGUUUUGCCGGCACCCCUGGCUACUUAUCGCCAGAGGUGCUGAAAAAGGAGCCCUAUGGCAAAUCAGUAGAUAUAUGGGCAUGCGGAGUUAUUUUAUACAUUUUACUAGUCGGUUAUCCGCCCUUCUGGGACGAGGAUCAACAUCGUCUCUAUUCACAGAUAAAGGCUGGCGCAUACGAUUAUCCAUCGCCUGAAUGGGAUACCGUAACACCGGAAGCAAAAAAUUUAAUAAAUCAAAUGCUUACAGUCAAUCCCAAUAAGAGAAUAACCGCAGCUGAAGCGUUAAAGCAUCCUUGGAUUUGCCAAAGAGAACGUGUGGCUUCAGUGGUUCAUCGCCAAGAAACUGUGGACUGCCUCAAGAAAUUCAAUGCUCGUCGUAAACUGAAGGGAGCUAUUCUUACUACAAUGUUAGCCACUAGAAAUUUUUCAAGCAGGAGUAUGAUCACCAAGAAAGGUGAAGGGUCUCAAGUUAAAGAAUCAACAGACUCGUCCAGUACAACUUUAGAAGAUGACGACGUAAAGGAGGAUAAAAAGGGAAUUGUUGAUCGCAGCACAACUGUCAUUUCAAAAGAGCCUGAAGAACACUUAACAGCAUCGCUAACAUUUGUAAAGUAACAGUGCGCUGUCUGCUGGGAUGUGGUCUUUAUGGAUGGCAGCGAAGAUCGAGCCCACGGUGGCCUCUCUUAUAAAAUACAUAUA